UACAGCAACUGUUAUUUUACUUGACACUCUCAUUCCUAUAUAAACCUAAGCCAGUUUUCACCAAAUUACCAUCCAUCACACACACUAAGCAAGUUUUCACAGAAUUGCCAUCCAUCACACUAAGCAAGUUUUACAAAAUGGCUUCCCCCACCAAAAUCUCUUUUCUUGUUGCUUUUGUGACCUGUGCAACAAUAUUGGUUGCAGCACCAUCUGUGGUCGAGUCGAGACCACUCUCGAAGCCAUCCACAAUGAGCCUUGCGGUGAGGUUGAAGCUGAACAGUGGUAACUGUUGGGAGUCACUGAUGCAGCUUCAAGCAUGUAGUGGCGAAAUCAUAGCUUUUUUCAUGAAUGGUGAGACUUACAUAGGCAAUGGUUGUUGCCAAGCAAUUAAGGUAAUUGGGCAUGACUGUUGGCCCAACAUUGUUGCCUCUUUAGGCUUCACCACUCAAGAGACUAAUAUAUUGGAGGGCUAUUGUGAUGAGGUGGCUGCUGCUGUUCAUUCACCACCACCACCAUCAUAUGUAGUUGAGCCUAAUAAAGAGAUUGUUCCAUGAAGGAAGAACUCUGAUUUCAAUAAACAAGAAAUUGACAAGUGCAGUUUUGUUUCCUUUCUGUACUGUUAUUGGGCUUACAAUA